AUGUCGCACGAAAUUCUUGUAGGUAGCUCGUGCUACACGGCUGCCAGUGCGCAAGAGCUCAAGGCUCGUGCCAACAAGACCAGCCAGCCCAAGAUCAAGCAGAUCCGUGGUCAGUGGGUGUACUUUGUCGAUUUGAAGUCAUCCAACAAGGCUGUUCUCAACCACGUCAAAACCCUUCUCCAAGACGUCGACUCCGAGCCCCUCCUUGCUUCCGAAAGCACUAGCAACUCUAUCACCGUCUAUGUUACUCCCCGAUAUCUCUCGCCAUGGAGCUCCCAAGCUACCAACAUAGCCCAUGUAUGCGGCCUGAAGGACCAGGUCAACCGCAUCGAGAAAGGUCGACUCAUUGUCAUUGAUUUCGAGGAGCCAUAUCAAUCGGGCCAAGACGCGACUUUCAGAGAUGUUCUGUAUGAUCGCAUGACCGAAGUAUUUGCUUUCGAGAAGCCCGAGCUUGAUACUAUGUUCGCUACCGGUGUUCCCGCCCCUCUCGUCGUCGUCGACAUUUUUGCCAACGGCAAAGAACCCCUCAGUGUUCUGCGAGACUACAACAAGGAGAAGGGACUCAGUUUGGAUGAAUCCGAAAUGGAAUACCUUGUGGACGUGUUCAAGAAGCUCGGCCGCUCGCCUCACGAUGUUGAGCUUUUCAUGUUUGCCCAAGUCAACUCGGAGCACUGCCGACACAAAGUGUUCAACGCCAGCUGGACAAUUGAUGGCGUGAAGAAGGACAAGAGUCUCUUUGAAAUGAUCCGAAAUACCCACAAGAAGACGCCUGAUUAUACUGUUUCGGCCUACAGUGACAAUGCCGCCGUCCUUCAAGGCGAGUCUGCCAAUUUCUGGGCUCCAGACUACUCUACUGGAACCUGGAACUUGACACCUGAAGUUGCCCACAUCUUGGCCAAAGUCGAGACGCACAACCAUCCUACCGCCAUAUCGCCUUUCCCCGGCGCCGCCACCGGCUCCGGCGGUGAAAUCCGUGACGAAGCUGCCGUUGGUCGUGGCUCCGUCACAAAGGGAGGACUUGCUGGCUUCUGGGUUUCCGACCUUCUGAUACCAGACCACAAAGCUCCUUGGGAAGUUGAUAUUGGGCGACCUGCGCACUACGCUAGCAGUCUCGACAUCAUGCUGGAGGCUCCUAUCGGCAGUGCCCGAUUUAACAACGAAUUUGGUCGACCUUGUCUUACCGGGUGCUUCCGAACGCUUCUCACUCCCGAGACCCCCGGAAAAGAUGCCAAAGCUGAUGCGUCCGCGUGGCGCGGAUACCACAAACCCAUUAUGCUGGCUGGCGGCGUUGGAACAGUUCGUCCCUCCAAUGCAUUGAAAGAGGAACGCUUUGUUCGAGAAGGCGCCCAUGUUAUUGUUCUCGGUGGCCCAGCCAUGUUGAUUGGUCUCGGCGGAGGUGCUGCUUCUAGCAACGCAUCUGGCGAGAGUAACGCUGAUUUGGACUUUGAUAGUGUGCAACGUGGGAAUCCUGAGAUGGAACGCCGUGCGCAAAUGGUCAUCAACACUUGUACUGCUCUAGGCGACCAGAAUCCAAUCGCCAUGAUCCAUGAUGUUGGAGCUGGAGGUCUCUCCAAUGCCCUUCCCGAGCUUGUCAAGGACGCUGGCUAUGGCGGCAACUUUGAACUCCGCCAAGUCGAAAGCGCCGACCGAAGCAUGAGUCCCCUUCAGAUCUGGUGCAACGAAGCCCAGGAACGAUACGUUCUUCUCAUUAACCCUGAGAACAUGAAUCGCUUCACAAGCAUUUGCCGUAGAGAGCGAUGUGGAUUUUCUGAUGUCGGUGCCGUGGCCACCAAGGAUGCCAGCGGUGAUUCAAAAUUGAUUCUUACAGACCGUGAAUCCAAGGAAUACCCUCGUCCCAUCGACCUGCCAAUGGAUGCUCUUUUCCCUCCAAAACGCCAGCAAGAACGCAAUGUUGACUCCAAGAAACCAAACUUGACCCCAUUCGACGCUUUGGCUGGUCUCAAGGAGAGCUUUGGUGUUGAGCUGGACAAUGCUACGCUGCUGAAGAAGGCAGUGGAACGUGUCUUCCUCAUGCCGGCCGUUGGUUCCAAGUCCUUCCUCAUCACCAUUGGCGACAGAACUGUCGGUGGUCUCACAGCUCGUGAUCAAUUCGUUGGUCCAUGGCAGACUCCUGUGGCAGACGUUGCUGUCACAGCAACGUCAUUUAGCCUCGGCGGAAAGCAAAGAACUGGUGAGGCAAUGGCCAUGGGUGAAAAGCCAACUCUUGCCCUCAUCAACCCUGGCGCGUCUGCUAGAAUGGCAGUGGCAGAGAGUUUGAUGAACAUCGGUGCCGCGGACGUCAUGGGAGACCUUCGACGAGUCAAGCUCUCAGCCAACUGGAUGGCCGCUGUCAGCCAUCCUGGAGAGGGCGCCGCCCUUUAUGAGGCAGUUGAGGCUAUUGGUAUGGAAAUGUGUCCCGAACUUAGCGUCAGCAUCCCCGUUGGAAAGGACUCUACUUCAAUGAAGGCUGUGUGGAAGGAUCAGGAUGAAGUGAAGAGCGUGACAGCUCCCGUCUCGGUAGCUAUUUCCGCUUUCGCUGUUGUGGAGGAUAUUCUGAGCACAUGGACUCCUCAGCUGCGAAGAGUUGAGGAGGUCGGGGAGACAAUCUUGAUGUUUGUUGAUCUUGCUGAGGGUCGACGAGCCAUGGGAGGCUCUGCUUUGGCCCAGUCUCUUGGCGCUCUUGGCAAUGAGGCUCCCGACAUGAAGAACUUCAAUCUCAUCACUGACUACUUUGAUGCUCUCUCGCAGCUUCACAAGAGUGGUGUUGUCCUGGCUUACCAUGACCGUUCUGACGGCGGCUUGGUUGCCACAAUCGCCGAGAUGAUGUUUGCGGGUCGCUGCGGAGUUGACAUGAUGAUGGAUGGCAUUUCCAAGAGCAGCUCAACGGCAGAUAUGAUUGAAGGUCUAUUCAACGAAGAGCUCGGAGCUGUCUUCCAGGUCAAGGCCUCUGAUGAGAUGAACUUCAAGCGAUGCUUCGCCACCUGUGGCCCACCCCCUGGGUUGAUUCGCAAAUUUGGUGUUGUGAAGGCUACUGCCAACCAGACCUUGACUAUCCGCCAUGGCGCAACGACUUUUGUCAACCUCGACCGCACCGAGAUGCAACAGUGGUGGUCCAAGACUUCACACCAGAUGCAGCGGCUCCGAGACAACCCUGCAUGUGCAGACUCCGAAUAUGCCACGAUUUCUGAUGCCACCGACCCAGGUAUCUCUUAUCGUCUGACUUAUUCUCCCUCUGAGAACAUCCUGCCCUUGACAUCUUCCAUUACCGGGUUCUUCAACAAGACGCCCCGAGUGGCUGUUCUCCGGGAGCAGGGUGUGAAUGGAUAUGCUGAACUGGCGUUUGCAUUCAGGGCCGCCGGAUUUGAACCAGUGGAUGUUCAUAUGACUGAUGUCCUUGGAGGACGUUCUCUCGCUGACUUUACCGGUAUUGCCGCCCCUGGUGGUUUCUCAUACGGUGACGUUCUCGGCGCCGGCCAGGGUUGGGCCAAGUCUGUUUUGAUGCAUGAAAGCACACGUCGCGAGUUUGAGCAUUUCUUCAAGCGACCCGACACUUUUGCGCUUGGCGUUUGCAAUGGCUGUCAAUUCUUGACACGUAUUCAGGAGCUCAUUCCGGGCACUGAGCAUUGGCCAACGUUUGUGCACAACGAGAGCGCUCAGUUCGAGGGCCGAUAUAGCAUGGUGACAAUUCACGAGGACGAGAACAAGCCGUCGGUGUUCUUCCACGGCAUGAACGGCUCAUCACUGCCAGUGGUUGUUUCUCACGGCGAAGGAAGAGCCAAGUUCUCGUCACCAAACUCCCUCCAGGAGCUCACCAAUGCAGGCAUGGUUCCUAUGCGCUACGUUGACAACAGGCUAAAGGUGACUGAGAAGUACCCAUAUAAUCCCAACGGCAGUCCUGGCGGUGUUGCCGGUGUCUCGAGCAGAGACGGCCGUUUCGUUGCCAUGAUGCCUCACCCUGAACGAACCAUUGUUGCUGGCGUCAACAGCUACAUGCCGCCCAAGGCGACUGAGGAAUGGGGUGAGUUCGGGCCUUGGGUUCGAAUCUUUAAGAGUGCCCGUAGAUGGGUUGGUUAA